UUGCAAAUCAACAAGCAAAUCCAACAGAAAAUAGUUAUUUGUUAAAGAAUGAGUUAUUUCUUUUAAUUUUAAUGGUAUUUUAGUUAUUAGGCAAAAUGCAUAAGUUACUUAUGUUUAUUUAUUUGUUAUCUACAUUAACAGGCUUCCUGGCACAAGAUUAUUGGAAAUUUAAGCAGUUUGAGGAUGCACAACCUCCCAAUGAGCUAAAAAUAAUUUGGUGUACCACUAGCGAUAGUGAGACCAAAAAGUGCGAGGGGUUAAAACAUGCCAACGAGAGGGAUCAAGUGAGGGUUGGUUAUGAAACCAUUAGGGUUGAGUGUAAGCAGGCCUCAUCAAAAGAUGAAUGUAUAUCAUUAUUGGAGGAUGAGAAAGCCACAAUGACCACUUUAUCUGCCGGGCAGUUGUAUGUUGGUGGGAGAUAUCAUAGCUUAGUCCCUAUUGCCCAAGAAGUGAUGGAGGGUGGUUUUCGUUAUUACUAUGCAGUAUCUGUUAUUAAAAAGGGUAGCCUAAGUGAUGUAAUUUCUCUAAGAGACUUACGAGGCAAAAGGGCAUGUUUUGCUGGGGUUGAAACAUAUGCUGGCUGGAUGUUGCCCAUAAGCACACUUAUUAAAGAGGGAGUGAUGGAUAUUAUUGAUUGCAAUAAUCACAUAAAGACUGCAAGCAACUUUUUUGGCCCCUCUUGUGCAGUUAACUGUUUAACUGAUAGGUACAAUCCUAUUGGAGAUAAUUCUGAUAAAAUGUGUAGGUUAUGUGUGGGUUCAAAUCCUGGCAAAUGGUGUACGGAUGCAGAUCCUUUUGCUGGAUAUAAUGGGGCUUUUAGGUGUUUACUGGGUUCAGGAGAAAUCGCUUUUCUAAAACACACUACUGUGCCUGAACUGCUUAAAACCAGGGAAUUCGGUAAUGUAGUGACUGAAUUUGAACUGCUUUGUAAAGAUGGAUCUAGAAGACCAUUGAGUGACUAUUUGGGUUGUAAUUGGGGCAGGGUGCCAUCUGACGCUAUAGUGGUGUCAUCCGCCAUACCAUACGAGGUUCGAGAGAAGUACCAGAAGUUUUUACAAGAGUUUGCUGUAAGGUAUUCUAAAAAGGAAUUGAGGCCUAUAGAUUCAACAUCUGAAAGGCAACCGGACUAUGAUUCAUUUGGCAAUAGAGGUUCUCAGAAUCAGUAUAGCCAAGGAGGAAACCAGUAUGAUCCAUAUGCCCAAAAUUCUUAUAAUAAUCAAGAGGGUAAUUACAGAAACGGACAGAGAUACAAAAGGCAGAAUUAUGAAGAUGAAAGGUAUGACUCUAGAUAUAACAAUUAUCCAGAAGACUAUAACAGAAAUCAUACUGACGAUUAUCUAUUUUAUGAACAUUUUGACUUAUUUGAGUCGACUCCUAGAUAUGGAGACCAUGGAAACUUACUGUUUCAAGAUUCGGCAAUUGAUAUUGUGCCAGUAACAGAAUCUUUGCAAACUUACGAAGCCUUUCUAGGCGAAUCUCAUAACGUCAUUAUGGGGGUGAGAAACUGUCCGGUCAAUAAAAUGACUUUAUGUGUCACAUCAGACGAGGAGAAGAACAAGUGUGUCAAAAUGAGGACCGCCUUAAAAGCUCAGUUUCUAAAGCCGGAAUUAAACUGCUAUAAGGCUCACUCCCAUAUAAAUUGUAUGCAGGCCAUUCGGGCAGGUACUGCUGAUGUAACAGUUUUGGACGCCAGUGACGUAUAUACCGCAGGUCUGACCUACGAUUUAAUCCCCUUUAUUAGCGAAGUUUAUAACUUGGAAGAUCCGGAUUAUUAUGUGGUGGCUGUGGCCAAAGAGUCCGAUCCUGAUACUGAACUGACUUAUUUGAGAACGAAAAAUACGUGCCACGGAGGAAUAAAUACGGCAGCAGGAUGGGUGUACCCGAUGGCAUUCCUGAUCAGCAACGGCUGGAUAAGACCGUAUGGAUGCAACAGUAUGAGAGCAGCCGCAGAAUAUUUCACGAAAAGUUGCGUUCCAGGGGCCAUUAGCGCCGAAUAUAAUACCGGCGUGCCGUAUGAUAAUAUGUGCGAUUUAUGUCACGGAGCCAGUUUUAGAUAUUGUCGUCGGGACGCCUCAGAGGAUUACUACGGACACACGGGUGCUUUCCGUUGUUUAGUGGAAGGGGGAGGACAUGUGGCCUUCGUCAAACAUACGACAGUCUUUGAAAAUGCCGGAGGGAAGAAAAGGGAUUGGUGGGUCCGGGAUAAUCUUAUGGAGGACUUUGAGUUACUAUGUCCGGACGGUACAAGGGCGGAGGCCAACGAAUAUAGAAAGUGCAAUUUAGGAAAGGUGAAAGCCAACGCGAUAGUAACCAGGGGUGGUUACGGUUAUAAUGAGACUCAUAUCGACGCAUUUAUCAAUUUGUUCAUGUAUGCUCAGACGUUUUAUGGAAAGAAGACCACCGAUGAGUUUAGUUUUAGCAUGUUUACCUCGGAACCUCCAUAUGCAGACCUGAUCUUCCAAGACGCCACCACCCAGCUCAAAGUAAUCCCGCCAAGCGAACGUUUCUACUCGAUUUACCUGGGAUCGGACUUCAUGAGAGCGAGAAGGAUAGUCGAUUGUCAUGCCAGUGCUAGUUUGAUAAGUAUAACUAUAACUAUCCAGUUGUUGCCUUUAUUUUUACUAUUAUGGGCGUGAAAUUGAGUUUUAGUUAUUUAUUUUAUUGCGGGUUAAAUUUCAAGCUUCCCGAGAGAAGCUUGAACUAAUUAUUUUAGAUAAUUUAACCCUUGUGAGAUUGCAGCUAUAACAGGUACUUUUGAAUUCAUUGUUAAUAUUGACUGAGAUAAACAGUCGUAUGCAAUGUGUGGAAUGUAUAUAUUAGGGUUUAUAAAAAUGUAUUUUUAAGUCCUAGCACCAAAACUGUAACUGUCGCCGUCCAGGUUAACAAACUUAUUAUUAAGCUUUUAAGUGCAUUUUUAUGUACAGGUGUCGAAUUUUCCAGGUUGGAUAUUUUUGUUUAUAGAUUUGCCAUAUCAGUAAUAAAUUAAUCAUUCUUUUAAAAUUUUUUACCCAGCAAAAUGGCUUAAAAAACUGUUAGUUCACAAAUUGCUUAAAUAUAUCGUCCCCUUAAUACUACAACUAGGUAACUCAAAAAUUCUAAUUUUUCAGGGGAGCAGUUUAAAGUUUUUAAAAAUUAAAAAUAUUGUAUAAUAGCGAAUUGAAUUUCUUUUUAAUUAUACCGCAUGGACAUUGAAUAAAUAUAUAUACCUAAUAUUUUUAGAGAUUUUCAGCUUUUUUUCAGUUCUUUUGGUAUUAAAAAAUGAGAUAUCUAGUUUUAACAAUAAAAAAUCAAAAAGAAAAAAGCAAAUAUCUAGUUGUUGACUGAGCAGUAAGAACAAGUUUUAAUAUCAUAAAUACUUUUAUUAAUACUUACAUUUCUGUCAAAUGUAAAAAAAAACCCAAAUACAUAACUCAUGAUUACUUAAAUACUAUACUUCGUCACUCACUGUCUUAACGUCACUUAAGACUUGGGCAUUUUUCUAUUAAUUUGAGAUGGUUUUGUUUUCCUUUUGCAGUUUAAACUCCUAAAUUCAUCAUCGAAUUUUUCUUUGAAUUUUAAUAUAAAAGGUUCUGAUUUAGAAAAGCACAUCACAACACAUUUUCUGGCAGGCAACUUGCUUUCCACUUUCGUCCUUGGUUCUGAAAAUUAAAACUUUAUCUGCAUGAUUUUUCCAAUCAAAUAUUUGUUCGUGUGUAACAUCAUGAACGAUGUAAGGUUUAUCACCCUUUCUUCGGGAACAUCUAGCUAUUGUUUUCCAGUCUUGUGGUAAAUAAGUUUUUCCUACUCUUUUAAAUUCUGUUGAAAUGGCAGAGUGCAUGGAAUCGCAUUCCAUUUCACUAUGUCCCGACACUAAGAAGUUGAGUUCAAUCGUUUCUAAAUGUGCAAUAUUUUGAACGGCUGUUAAGCACAUGCCAGAUACAAAUUUGUUUAAAUUUUGUCCAACACAUCUGUCACUAAAACACUGAACCUGAUUUGUAGUUUCUGGCAAAGAUUCAAAAUAUUUAUAUAAAUAGGUCGCAAUCUCACAGCUACCUCGUUUGCCUUCAACUUCUGUCCACAUAAAGCAAUCACCUUGUUUGGAGACAGUAUUAUAAAUGGUAAAGUUAAAUACUUUAAAUCUUUGCUUAUAAAAUAAAGCAUUAUUAGUUGGAUCAUUUGGCACCAGAAGCACUUGUUGCAAAUCAAAAUUGCAACUUAUGAGUUUUCCGUUUGAAUUUUCCGCCAACUGUCUGCCUAUUCGCUUUUCAUCUCGCGCUCUAUCCUUAGCUGCUAUAUGAGCCAAAUACUCAAUUUGCAUAGAUGGUUUAUCACUUAAAGGAGAAUUGUAGGCCAUACAAAUCCGACACUGAUCUUUGCGAUGUCGAUAAAAACCAAGGUUAUACUCCUCUGAACACCUUUCUAUAAAUGGCAGAGCUAGCUGGUGUUUGUUUAUAGUACAUAAUUGUUAUGUUUAAGUCAGAGGCCAAAUAUUUACGUUGGGUUUUUGAACGACAAUAGUGUGAGCCGACUACUGGAAACUUCUCAAUAUGACUUUUAACACUAUUCAUUAUUUCAGGAGUCGUGACCUUUUUUUUAAAUUUUCCGCGCUUGUCUUCCAAACUUGUGUUUUGUUCAGUUCUCGCUUUCAUCGCAAUAUCCACAACUCCCUUUCUAAUUCCUAGGGUAUUGAUAAACAUCGUUUUGCAAACCUGAAUCCGGUUAGAAUUUUUGUGGCAAAAAGAAAAAGAUGGUGUUUUGUCGUCUGGACUGUUCUUUGGUAUGCCAUUUUUUAUUUUUUUUUCUGUAUGACCGUGAAUAAAGUCCCGUUUUCUUUGGUAUGAUUCUAAGUGAUAAUAUCUCCGAAAAAUCGACAAUCGUUCAUCAUAAGAAAAAACUUCACUGCAUUGUCUUUUGCAGGGAGCUAAACACGGAUCUUUCAUUGCUAUCCCCGGAACGUGUUUGCCUCUUGAUGAUAUGUAUGCCUCGCCAUAUUGUUUUUUUAAUUUUGCAACAUUCCUUUUCCAAUUUUGUUAAUUUCUUUUCCUUUUUCUCGACUUAUCUGUCCUAACAGGCAACUCUUCAAUAUCGUGUAAUUCAAAUAUUGUUUCUUAGUAAUGUGCCAACUUGGGAAUCCAAGUCACUGCUAGAAGAAUUUUCAGACUGGAUUAUAUUCCGAAUGUUCAGGAGAAUAUGGCUCAGUCUGAAUUUAAGUCAUAUAAAUGCUGUUUUGAAGUGCCUGGAACCGGCUCAAUAUUUUCAACUGUAAAAAUUAGAAAUUAAUAACACUAGAAAAAAUAGAUUUUAAAAACUUUCCUCACCGUUUAAACUUUCAUUUCCAACAGUAAAUUCUUGAAAUGCCACAGUAGUAUCAUCACAUGAAGUAAAAAAGGAACUUUCUAAAAAAAAAAGCAAUCAGUCUACGUAUUUACAAGGCUCUUGCCCAAUAAUAAUAUUUUAUAAAAUAAACUUAAAUAACAAUUACUUGUAGGUUGUUCCGCUUUAUUCUUUCCUUCCGUCGUAUAUUUUAUGCGAGUAUUUAUCUCAUUAUCAGGUGACGAUAUGUCAUCAUCAUCAUUGACUGUCUCUAUAUCUGAAACUAAAAAUAAUUUAAAAAAUACUCAUAUAACAAUUAUUAAGAUUAGGAUAGAUUUCGUAAUAUUACCAGAGGACAUUAUUUUGAAUUUAAAUUUAAGAAAAUUAUUAAUUAAUAAAUACCUAACCUAAUAAGCAGUCUUAUUGUUUCCACAAUAUUUUCUUUAUUAAUUGCAUUUAAAUUCACUCACCUUUAUUCUCAGUCAACUGGCUACGUGCUAAAGUUAAUAUGUAUUUGGCUCUUGUAGACUUUUUGUUUUUUUUCGCCUUUUUUUCAUAAAAAAUGUUACAAAAACUGGAGGAACAUACUUAAUAAUUUCACACUCGACAUUUACUGCAAACAUAGGUAUCUCAAAAAAUAUCUGUAAGGGGUAGCGAAUAAGUCAAGUUAGCCGAGCGCACAACUAGGUAACUUAAAUUAAACACUUGUUGCCCUACAAAUUUUUGUAAUCGCAAGUGCACAAUUUGAUAAUUCAAGGUCGCUACUUUAAGCAGCAGGUAUUUUUUUUAACUGUGAACAUAACUAGUUUUUGUCACUGGAUUCCCGUAAAUUGGAUUGGAGUUUAACUUACUUAGUUGUAGCAUUAAAAAAGGCGUAAAAGGUUAUAAAGGAAAAAGUAGAUAACUCAAAAUCGUGAAAUUUCGACUUACCUAGUUGUAGUAUUAAGGGGACGAUAUGUUGAAGUCAAUCUUCUGCAUAAAGUUAAAAGUCAAUUUUUGAGUAAAGCCAAUGUUUAAUCUAAGAAAACAUAAUUUUAUGUUUUACCACGAGUUUUUGCAAAAAAAAACUUUAUAUAUUUGAGGCAAGUGCUAAAAAACUCACUGUAGGAAUUGGAUACCUUGUAUAAAAGAUUUUACUAACAAAAAUUGAGAUAGAGUGUACGGGGUUUCAGAACUUUUUCAUAAUCAAUAUAUAAACUCAACUAAAAAUAACCAGGUACUGUUUAUGGUUUAUUUAAACUAUUAACAAACAUCAAUUGAACCAAUGAAACUUCGACUGAAUUUCAAACUAACGCUCCUUUAACUUGAGCUAAGGAUUUUAAAGGACAAAAAUAUUAAAGAAUCAUUGGAAUUGUGUAGAACGAACCAUAAGUUUUCUCACAAUAGCCAGGCAAAAUUCCAAAAUAUAUUUUUUUUGCUCCUUAGCAAAAAUACUUUAUAUCUACAAAACUAGUAAAGAUCUAAACUUCUAAACGAUUUCAUUGGAAUCAAAAGAACUGGAAUAAACAAUAGCCUUGGAAUUGGCAUUUUUAUCAUUUUUUGUUAGAAAUUUAACGAAUGUCACUCUUGGUAAGAUAUCAGCACAUAAAAACACUGAGUUUUUAUGACACUUAAGAAGAUAUGUAGUUAUUUUCCAAAUUUGCAUUUUGACGAAGUCUUGAAAUUCAUUAAGCUUUAAACUUAUCAGAUCUCGGAAAUUAAAAGAGAUACAAAAAAUUCAUUUUAUUGGCAAGAUUUUACAAUUAAAUAUGAUACAGAUUUUUAAGAGAUACCCAAUGAACAGCUAGAUGUUUUUUUUUUGCGGAAAAUUAUCACUAUUUAGUGUUUUAGCUAUUUUUAUGUGAAUAUUCAAAAGAAUUGACUAAGAUACGUAACGGUGUUGUCUUUGAAGCCUUUCUUCGUUUUAAAAGAUGACAGAUUUGUGGAAGCUUUUCUGAAUAGUUACACAAAAAUCAAAAGAACGGGGUGAUUUAUUUCUGCAAUAAAUAAUUCAUUAAUUGUUUAAAGAAACCAUAAAAGAUUCCUUACCAUCAAUCGAUUAUUCGUUAGAAAGCUUUUUUUGAUACUCCAUAUAUUGAAAAUACACCAUCUAAUAACUGAAAUUAAUAAUCUAUGAAUCUUUACAUUGAAUCUCUAAUAUUUUUUAAGAUAAUUUUAUUUUUACAUACAAUGUAUUGUCUCCGUCCAUUUUUACAACUUUAUAAAUUUUUUUGUAAUUUAGUAUCAUGAUUUUUAUUGUAUAGUUUUUUCUAUUAUAUUUAGCGAUUUUUGCAUUGCGUUUUAUAUUUGCGAAGGAAUAUAUAAGUUUAAAUUGAA